GAGGCUGAUGUCACAGAAACAUCAUUCCAACACAGUUUUAUUGCAUUGCUGUACUCUGCAGGGGCCCUAUGCUACGCCGAGCUGGGCACCACUUUUACCAAAUCUGGGGGCCACUACACGUAUCUUCUGGAAACACUGGGGCCCCUUCCUGCUUUUCUACGGCUCUGGGUUGAGUUCUUAUUCAUCAGGCCAGCUGUUGCUUCCUAUGUGUCCCUGGCUUUUGGACGUUAUGUGGUGGAGCCGUUCUUCGCACCCUGUGUUGCCCCCGAGGGGCUGAUAAAACUCGUCGGUAUCCUCGGAGUGACUUUUGUUGUGGCAGUGAACUGCUGGAGUGUGAACUUGGCGUCCCGCACUCAGGUCACUCUGACCUUCGUCAAGAUGUUCGCUCUGGUCCUGAUCAUCGUCCCUGGUGUCAUCGCGUUAUUCAAAGGAAAGACAGAGAACUUCCAGAAUGGCUUUGAGGUAGACCUCAUAACUCUGGAUAGGUUACCCCUUGCCUUUUAUAACGGUCUAUAUGCUUAUGGAGGAUGGUUUUAUCUGAACUUCAUCACUGAAGAAGUCAUAAAUCCAAACAGAAACAUCCCACUGGCAAUAAUCUGCUCCAUGGUAACCGUGACGAUCUUCUAUGUGCUGGUUAACGUGGCUUACUACACCAUGAUGACCCCCGGCGAGCUGCUAAUGUCGGACGCUGUAGCUGUGACGUUUGCCAAUCGUGCUCUUCAGGGUGUGGCCUCUGCAAUCCCCAUUCUCGUGGCUUUGUCCUGCCUCGGAGCGCUAAACGGAGGCUUUUUCGGAUCCCCCAGGAUGCUGUUCGUGGGGGCCAGAGAGGGCCACUGGCCGCCCAUCUUUUCCAUGAUUCACAUUCGCCGACGCACACCUUUACCUGCCGUGCUGCUGCUGUAUCCCCUGGUGGUCUUCAUGUUAAUCAGCGGAGAGAUCUACCAGCUUAUCAACUUCGCCUCUUUUUCACGCUGGUUCUUCAUCGCCUUGGCGACCCUGGGGAUGCUCAUCCAUCGAUACCGCUUCCCCCUUCUGCCGAGGCCUUUCAAGGUUCCCUUGAUCAUCGCCGUGACCUUCACCGUGGUCUGCUUCUUCAUCGUGGGCCUGUCUUUGUACUCGGACCCCUGGAACACGGGAAGGAGCUGUGCUCUCACUUUGACCGGAGUUCCGGUUUAUUACUUGACCGUCCAGCGUUUCCAUCUGCCGCACAGAUGGAGGCACUUCUUCAAUAAAUGCUGCAAGAAACUUCAAAUCCUCCUGGAAGUGGCUCAACAGGAAGUCCAGACGUAUUGAAGAACUCCAGAAAAGCGUUUUCCUCCAACAGAACCUCAGAGACCCACAACUGCGGCGCUUCCAUGGAUGAUGGCGGCGAGGCGGGAGAGAUUUCACGCUGGAGCUACAGAGCCAGAAGGGGGGGGCCAUGGCGGCGACCUGCUCACUCGAAGUGAAGUCUGCCAGAGCAGAUGCCGCAGACAGGAACAGUAACAGACUCUGGACCGGAACUAGAAGGACCCGCCCGCGUUUUCUAACUCCGCCCUUUUUCGUAACGAUUGAUAACAAAUGAUCAGGCAGAAAUAAAUAUGGAUCCUAUAGAUCUUUAAGACGA